CGUCCCACUGCUCCUCGACUCCCGAGUCGCAUAACUCGGUCGUCUCGGUCUCCAACUCAGCUCCGGCCAAAGAGCAGGCGAAAAAAAAAAAAACCAAUGGCGAGGCUCCUCUCUCAGACGUUCCUCCGCCACUCCCGCCACCCCAUCAAGCCCCCGCCGCCCUCCAUCGCCCUCAUCUCCCUCCGCAACCGCUCCAACCGCUCCGGCAAGCUCAUCGAGAUCGACCUCGAAUCGACCCUCUCCUCCGCGUCCUCCUCCUCGUCGUCUUCGUCGUCGUCGUCGUCGGCUUCUUCCAAUUCCGCAUCGGACGACGAGGGAGAGGUGCUGGGGUUGAGGGGCCUGGAGGAGGCCAUCCACUCCAUCCUCGUCCAGAAGUCCACCCCCGAUUGGCUCCCCUUCGUCCCCGGCUCCUCCUUCUGGGUACCGCCACGGCGGCGGCCGGUCAACGUCGUCGAUCUCGUCGGGAAAUUGGCCAGGCCGUUGACCGUCGAGGAGGAUGAAAAUCUGUCUUUCGCCACCGUUCGCGGUUGGCCCAGCUUUGAGUAUUUGGCACGACCAGAUGGUGAAUCAGCACAUAACCCGAACAUGAAGUCGGCAAAUGAGUUGUCUAAGGAAGAGGUAGUAGAGAUUAGGGUGUUCACUACCUCAGAAGACCGUGAAUCUGAUGAUGAUGAAUAAGAAGCAUCGGGGUCCUAAUAGUCGUGAUGGCUGGUAGGGAUCAAGUGCUAAUUAGAUAUUGAACGCAGGAGGCUAUGAGAAUAAGGUGGGAGGUCUAGAAGGGCAAGUGAGCGGGCGGGAAAUGUUGUACAUAUCCUAUCUUGGAAUGAUCUGGGGGACAAAAAUUUUCAUUUAUCAAUUCGAACCUGUCCGUUUUCAUCCUAUUUCUGUCUUCUCUGUAAAUGAUCAUUCACUUGCUGCAAGCUUGCAAUAUUAUUUAACCGUUUGGACGUUCA